AUGGCCAGUGCAAACAACGUGACUAAGCUAAUUUUCACUGGCCUUUUCCAGGACCCAGAGGUGCAGAAGGUGUGCUUCGUGCUGUUUCUCCCUGUGUACCUGGCCACAGUGCUGGGCAACGGUCUCAUUGUUGUGACAGUCAGCAUCAGUAAGAGCCUGCGUUCCCCCAUGUACUUCUUCCUCAGCUCCCUGUCCCUGGUGGAGAUCUGUUACUCCUCUACUGUUGUCCCUAAGUUCCUCACUGACUUACUUUCCAAGAUUAAAACCAUCUCUCUGAGGGGCUGCCUGGCUCAGAUUUUCUUCUUCCAUUUCUUGGGGGUUGCUGAGAUCUUCUUACUUGUGGUGAUGGCUUAUGACUGCUACGUGGCCCUCUGCAAGCCUCUCCAUUAUACGAACAUCAUGAGUCAUCCACUGUGUCACAUGCUGGUGGCUGGCUCCUGGCGGGGGGGCAUUAUUCACUCCAUAAUCCAGAUUGUCAUCACCAUCCCUUUGCCCUUCUGCGGUCCCAGUGUGGUUGACCACUACUUCUGUGACCUGCAGCCAUUAUUCAAGCUGGCCUGCAAGGACACCUUUGUGGAGGGGGUUAUUGUGCUGGCCAACAGUGGCUUAAUCUCUGUCUUCUCACUGCUCAUCUUGGUGACCUCCUACGUCAUCAUCCUGGUGAGCUUGAGGAAGCGCUCUGCAGAGGGCAGGUGCAAGGCCCUCUCCACCUGCGCCUCGCACAUCGCCGUGGUCAUCUUGUUUUUUGGACCUGCCAUCUUCCUCUAUAUGAGACCCUCCUCUACCUUCACUGUGGACAAGCUCGUGGCUGUGUUCUACAUGGUCAUCACCCCCAUGCUGAACCCCAUUAUCUAUACCCUCAGAAAUGCAGAGGUGAAAAAUGCCAUAAGAAGGUUGUGGGUCAAAAAUACCUCAAAGGUGGAGUUAAAGGAGAGCUAA